AUGGCGAAAGGGCCUGCAGAAGUAGCUCAUGGUUCCAUUUUUAUCGGAUUCGUUAUCAAGUUGAUUCUCUAUGGCCUCAUCAUCCUUCAAGGAUAUCUGUAUUUUGCCACAUUCAAAAGGGAUAGAGGAUGGAUGAAGUUCCUGAUCGCCUUCUUGCUAGUGGCCGAUACGGUGAACAUCGUAUUUGAUACCAUCUACUUGUACACAGCGUUGAUUAAGCAUUUCGACGAUCCAGGGUAUCUUGCUAACGCCAACUGGUGUGCUCAUCCAUUCAUCGCUGGUUCUCAGUCUGUGCUAUCGGAGCCGCUGCUGCGACAGAGUGGGUACCGGAAUUUGUGA